AUGAAGAACGAAAGAUGCAUAAGAGAGCUUUAUAACACCAGCGGGAUGUCUGAGGAGGUCUUUUGUACAAACGAAUAUGGAUUUGUUGUUGAUGCUUUCAACUCUCAGCCAAAAGACAGCCAUAUCUCCAUCAAAAACGAAUGGUAUGACCUUAUAGCAAGAUGCAGGAAUAACGGAGAAAAGCUGCGGAAGAGUGAAGGUGCAAGAAAGCUGAUAUAUCAAGGCAUACCCCUCUCCUUGAAGUACAGACUGUGGGGGCUAUUCACACAAAAAGCUUCUGGCUUCAACUAUUCAAACUUAAUAUCUAAAAAAAGUGGGUACGAGCAUCAGAUCCAUGUGGAUGUCCAAAGGACUUUCAGAAGGCAUUUUCUCUUUAAUAAAGAGUAUGGUAGAGGCCAAUGCGAACUAUUCAACAUCCUCACGGCAUAUUCAAACUACAACCCUGAGGUUGGGUAUUGCCAAGGGAUGUCCAGUGUCGCAGCAUUACUUCUUAUGUAUUUUCCUGAGGAGGAGGCCUUUGAGAUGCUUGUAAGCAUCAUCAAAAACAACAAUCUAGAGGCCCUAUUUGAUAAGAAGCUGAGUAAGGUUCCUCGUGUGCAAAGAAUUCAAGACGAGGUUUUCAAGGCUUUGAUACCCGAGGUGUAUGGCCACCUUCUACACCAAAACAUAGAUAUUGGAGUUUAUGCUGUUGGGUGGUAUCUGACCCUAUUUACAAGAUUUGACAUCAAGCUAGUCUUGAGGAUGUGGGACUUCUUCUUGUUUUUCGACUUCUCUGCCUUCAUAUUCUUUGCUGCUGGGAUUCUUAAGUUUUUUGCUCGAAAGAUAUUGGAGCUUCAAGGCGAACAACUCAUUGAAUUUAUAGGAACGCUGGAUUCUAAAGAGGUAGAUGUUGAAAAGGUUGUUUCAUAUGUGGUAGAGUCUUUUAGAAAUGGAGAGUAUGAGUAUUAUAGAGAUAGAGUUUGA